UUUUACUUUGGAAUCUAGAAAUGGGAAAACUAUAGCAGUGUUUGUCAUUGUUUGUGUUAAAAAAAAUGUCGCGUCUGUCUGUACCGAUUCGUGGUUAUUGACAUAAAGAUAAAAUCCGGUUGGUAACGGCGUAACCAGUUAUCGGUUAGCGGUCGAAUGCGCAUGAGUGUCAGAUUGUUGGAUUUUGUUUUGUUAGUGAAAUUGUGAUUAUUUUUCGCUUGAUUAACAAUGGAAUCGUAUAUAACAGAUUGUGGAAAGUACAAAAUAGAGUCCCUAUCAGCUGCUACUUUCCCGGGAGCGUUGGAGGUGAUAAGAGUGGCGUUUUGUCAAGACGAAUCAGUCUCAAUAGGGUGUGAGGUGAGCAAGAAUCCCGUGGCCGCUGAAGAGUUAUUGGAGUUGUGUGCUGAUGCUGCACUGGAUGGCGUCUCACUGGUCGCGGUGGAAACCAGCACUGGAGAGGUUGUUGCUGUUGCUUUUAAUAAAAUUCAGGUUUCAUCAUCAACAGAGAAGCCAUUUUUCGAAAUUUUCGCAGAAGAGCGAUGCACACAAGCUUCGUCUCGUGCACUCAUAUGCUACAUGGCAGAUGUGGAUGGAAGAUGUAAUCUAUUUGAUAAGUAUAAAGUGGAUUGCAGUCUAGAAAUCAUGUUUCUGGCUACAUUACGCGAGCACAGAAAACACAAACUUGGCACACAUUUGUGCAAAAUUUCCAUAGAUGUAGCAAAAAAACUGCAGAACGGUCCAAUAUCCAAGAUGACAAUACGAGAUUUAGGACCGAAAUAUUGUAAAAUGACCGAAAGGUCUUUACCGAGUGUUUAUCCAAAGAUCUGUCAAGCAAUAUGGACUGGUCCUGGUACUCAGAAAAUUGGAAAAAGAUUAAAUUUCACAGUACAUCUGACUGUUCCGUUUACAGAAUUUGUGUAUAACGGGAAAUCUUACGCCGAGAGACUGGGUGACGAAACGACCUUUUGUGAAGUGGCUGCAUUAGCUCUUUAUUGAGGAUCAGCUUUAUUAAAAAAUAUUAAUCUCACAUGGUGGAAAACGCAUUUUGCCUAAAUAUUCGACAAGCAUUGUAUUUAAGUCAGUCUACCAUAUUAUAUAUAUGUAUGUAUUAUGUAUAUACCAAUAGAUUCAAUUGAAACAUAAUAAGUUCAAAAACCUAUGCACUUUUACUCCCACCGUACAACAACAAAGUUACUCCUACAGAGGAGUUCGAAAAAUGAAUAAAAAUAAACCAAAACUAAAAGAAAUCAGUCGAACCGAGGAGGACAUAAAGCAACUAAAUCAAUUACAGACACCAAUUCGAUUUCUUUAGUCUUUCCAAACGAAUUCCAUUUGAGUAGAAGCUUUUCAAGAAAAUUUCCUCGGGAGGAGUGUAGAUGGAACGAGUAAUUUGUUUCAGUUGCUAAUAUAAAGCACUGGUAGUGUAAAAACGUACCUUUCCUUUGGCUCGUACUGAAAAAGAGGAGUGUUAUUAAGUAAAAUAGUAGUAUCUCUUUACCUCAUCAGAUCUUUGAAUUUUUUUGGUCUCUUCCUGUAUCUUUAUCUGUGUGAAUUAAUUCUUCAAUAUACAUUCUCAAUUAUGUUUUUUGUAAUAUGUGUACCUAAUACAAUAUUUACAGAGAACGCCUUAUGGCAUUAGGUCUACAUUGUACAUUUACAUGCAGAAAGUUUAUAAAAAAAUAAUUGCAUACCCUUACUUACCCAAUCCAGGAUUGAAGUCAUACGCGCACCCCGGGUUUCUCUCCAGAAAUGUUACCGGGACUAACACCAUUACAAUGAUGAUAACUAUAUUUGCAUAAUAUAUAAGGUACUAACUUGUAGUAAUUGUCAUUGGAACUGAUGUCUGAAGCUAUUAGUUCUGAUUAUCUGUAAUAAUUUAAUUCAAUCAAUUAUGUACGACAACAUGUUAUAGAAGACCUAUUAUACUGAUUAUAUCUAUUAUAUUAGUAAGUCUAUUAUAACAAAUGCAAAGUUCACUUCGCAUAUCUAAAUACUCCUCGUUUUAACACAGCACAAGACAAAAAUAUUAUUAGCAAUACGUGUAUACUUCGAAAUUAUAUUUAAGCACUAUCAUUAAGGAGAUUGAUCGGUCAGACAAAUUUAAAUAUUUUUAGUCAAAUAAAACAAAAAAUUGCCGAGACUUUUUGCUGAGAA